AUGUCACCUCCGAGCGGAGCGGCCUCUUACAAGAAGAAAGAUGGGACCCUAGCUAUAUCCGCCGAUGAGAAGUCGGUUUCAUGGAGUCCUGCGGUCGCAGGGGCCGGGAAUACGAUCACAAUCCCCGUGGUCAACAUCACUAAUCUACAACAGACCCCAGCCUCGAACCCGAAAGUGAUGCUCAAGAUCUUUUCCCAAGCCCCCGAUGCGCCUCCGAAUAGUACGCCCGAUCAAUAUGUCUUCCUGUUCACGGCUGGAGCAAACGCCCGCCCGCAGGCCGAUGUCAUCAAAGACACAUUGAGUGCUCGAGUCAAUGCGGUGAAGUCGGGCACGCCAUCCCAGACGCCGGGAGCAAGAGGUGCGUCUGAGGGACUGUCCGCGGCGAUGGCGAUUGCGAAUGCUGUGACGUCCGCCGGGACAUCGAAGAACCCCGUGGACGAGGAGAAUAGGCUUCGGUCCGACAUAGAACUGCAGCAGUCGCUAUUACGAUCUGAUUCGAAUCUGCAGCGGAUGUUUUUCGAGGGGUUGCAUACGAAACCGGAAGCGUUGUCGUCUGGAUCGUUUGUGUCGCAGUUUUGGUCAACACGACUGCAUUUACUGCGCGCGCACGCAAUCGAACAGGGCCAAAUCCGUGGCUCGUAUAAUGUGUUGUCUUCACUCAAGCCGCGAGUCGAGGAUAAUGUCACGCGGUUAAAUAUCAGCAAAGAGCAGAUCCAGCUCAUCUUCACGCAGCACGCACUGGUCAAACGCGUGUACGAUGAGAAUGUGCCUAAGCUCAGCGAACAACAGUUCUGGUCGCGGUUUUUCCAGAGUCGGCUGUUCAAGAAAUUGCGCGGAGAGCGGAUUACGGAGGCUGAUGCAACGGAUGCCGUGCUGGACAAAUAUCUCCGGACGGACGAGGCUGCUCAGCCGGACCGCGACACGAAUAUCCAUCACUUUUUGGAUCUGGCUGGCAAUGAAGUAAAUCACAGCGAGCGUAGCGGAAAUCGGCCUGAUCUAGAUAUGAGACCGUCUGGCCUCGACAAAGUACCUAUCAUCCGGACGCUGAACAGCUUGAGUGAAAAGAUCAUGGCCAACGUGGCUCCGAUUGACGGUGAUAUGAGUGCCCCGAUAGGCAUCAACGAAGAGGCAUGGAAAAGACUCCAGCUGCAGGAUCUUUGUAGCGAAGAACAUCAAAGUCCCAUCACUCUGAACAUUCGUGAUCAAAGUCGUUUCUUCACUCAUGGCCAAGAGGAGGAUAAGACCAAGCAAUUCGUGAAACAAGAUCCGGAGCAGCUUCUGCAGAUUCUCCGUACGGAGAUUAAUCAAAAUCUCCCAUCGCAGGGCAAUACACAACUAGGCAAGCUGGUGGACCCAGGCGAUGACGAAGACGAGGAGAUGGAGGAUGCACCUGCCAGCCGUCGCCCUGUCGGCUCAUCUGCUGCUCUCCACGAUGCAUUUUCCCAGAUCCUGGAAGCGUUGCGUGAGCGUCGUGCUCAGAUGAAGGAGCGAGCGACAUCAGAAACAUACGGGCUGUCGAUAGCGCUCUUUGACCGCUUGACGUUGACACACGCUACAACCACAGAGUUCCUGCACCAGUUCUGGCAGGCGUUUCUCUCAGGCAACCCCGACCGCGCUGGAGAGGUUGCGUCUUUAGCAGAGUCUCUCCAUCGAGCAAUGGAGCGUAUUAAGGCUGUUGCUAAUGACGCAGAGGCUGAGCGGAAGGUCGAAGUUGACCGGCUGAAGAAGCAGGCCCGUGACAUGUACGAGAGCACGGGGCGAAAAUUGCGAGUCAACUUAGAAGGCGUGGAGGGGGGCCAGAAGGUUGUGAACCAGCUUCUUGGUCCUACGCUCCAUGCACUGGAGGUUGCAUCGACUCGAUAUCAAAAAGAAUUGGCCGAACAAAAUAAAGAAGCGGCCAUGGCUGCUCAAGACACGGCGGGGACAUAG